GUAAUCAAAACAAACACAAUUCGACAGACUUUUCUUUCAUUUUAUCUGUGAAAUUUCUUGCGAUUUCUCUCGUUUUCUCGCUCAACAAACAAUGGACGCGUUCUCUUCGUUCUUCGAUUCUCGAUCGAGAAGCAACUGGAGUUACGAUACUCUCAAGAAUUUCCGUCAGAUCUCUCCUGUCGUUCAAACUCAUCUCAAACGGGUUUAUCUGACCCUAUGUUGUGCGCUGAUUGCGUCCGCUGUUGGGGCUUAUCUUCAUCUCCUUUGGAACAUAGGGGGUUAUCUCACAACAUUUGCAGGCUUAGGAACCAUUAUUUGGCUACUCUCUACCCCUCCUUAUCAAGAGCAAAAGAGGGUUUCUCUUCUGAUGACAUCGGCGGCGUUUGAAGGGGCUUCGAUUGGUCCUCUGAUUGACUUGGCCAUUCAGAUUGACCCAAGUGUUUUGAUAGCUGCAUUUGUGGGAACAGCUUUGGCCUUUGCAUGUUUUUCAGGAGCCGCUAUGCUAGCAAGGCGCAGAGAGUACCUUUACCUUGGUGGCUUGCUUUCAUCUGGUGUGUCUAUACUUCUCUGGUUACAUUUUGCUGCCUCUAUCUUUGGUGGUUCCACAGCCCUCUUUAUGAUUGAGAUAUACUUUGGGCUUUUGGUGUUUGUGGGCUACAUGGUUGUGGACACACAGGACAUAAUUGAGAAGGCACACUUGGGUGACCUGGACUAUGUGAAGCAUGCCCUGACCCUUUUCACUGAUUUUGUUGCUGUAUUUGUCCGCAUUCUGAUAAUCAUGUUGAAAAAUUCAGCUGAGAAGGGUGAGAAGAAGAAGAAGAAGAGGAGUGACUAAAUCUUUAAACAGUAGCUGGGAAAGGUUGCUUACUGUCUUGCAAAGAUGAAGUCAGUUGGAUACAAGGAGUUUUCUUGCGUUUCGUACUGAAGUAUCAUGUUAAUAUAAUGUCAAAAAAAAGGGCCGUACUGUUUCUGUUUCUGCUGAUGGCUUUUGUUUAGAAACGAUUGUCAAAGAAUGACAUGCUAAUAUUUGCAUUUUCUCAAGGUUGCAAUUCAUUUAUUUC